AUGGGCCGUCGACAUACCGCUACACCUGGGAUGCAAAUGGAGCGGUUACACAGAGUCAAUAGCGAACAACCACCCGAUCAGGAGAUGCAUGAGAGAGGGAGAGACAGAGAUUCGGUUCAAUGGCCAUUUCAGAGCAUUACAACCACUGAUAGCACUGAACUACCCAGUUCGAUUUCCACAGUGGUAGAUCGCCUUCCCCAGCGUGGAUCAACGCGGUCUUCUCGACACCAACAGCAAGAUCAGCAAGAUCAGUUCCGGCAGUCACUCCAUAGUCAGUAUCUUCACCCACAGUGGCAGCAGUCUCUUCGAUUUGGUCGCACAGAAGUGAGCUCGCUCAGCUCAAACCCGAGGUUCCAUAUUGGCGAAGCCGGCGAGAUUGCUGAAAAUGGCGAAUACAACACCCUUGCGAGUGAUAUCGUCCCGGACUACAUCAUCAACUACUUGCGUGGCGAAACACCCGAAUCUAUAGCUCAGCGUCGAAAUUGUCAGACUGCCGUGACCACGAUCCAAGCCGAUCAUCUGGCUGAACAGGAACCCAAAUCUCAGAGUCAACCCCAACAAGAAGGUUUCCAGGUUGCCGACGCGAUGGUAGAAAACCCGUAUGCGGACCGGCACCGAUCGAGGGUCGCAGACUUUGUGGGGUUUGAUGUUGGAAGCACCCAGACAGGGCACGAAUAUGGAGGUGAAGUUCUUGCUGGAGCGGACAGUGGUCGCGAUGGAGAUGAAACAGAGUUGUUCCUAAGGAGAGACCAGCGAGGAGCGCAAUGGGGCCGACAACAGAAAAUCAUCGAGAAAGAGAAGCACCUAGACUGGGGGAGAGGAAGCUCAAAGCGGAAGUUAAGUCAGGGUUGGCGAGCUGGUGUCGUAGUGAUUGUGGCUACCAUGUUUGUACUUUUGAUCGCCGCGUUUAUGUGUCUGGCUGUCGCGAUAUCAGACGAAGGACGCUCGGAUGGGAGAUGGGCCAUAUUCCAGGGAUCUUGCGAAGCCGCAGCACGUUUUGAUUGGGGUUUACAUGCGAUCAUCAACGUUGUUGCCAUGAUCUUUCUUUCGGGUGCAAACUAUGUCUUUCAAGCGCUCACCAGCCCGACAAGGGAUGAGGUUAAUGCAGCCCACGUCCGAGGGAGAUGGCUUGACAUCGGGAUACCUUCGUUUCGCAACCUGAAGUAUAUCGGUCGUAGAAGAGCCGCUGUGGCUUCCGUGGUGCUGAGCGUCGCCUUCGUGACGCAUAUGAUAUAUAAUGCCGUAAUCUAUGUCUCGCGAACGGCUCCUAACUUUACAGCCGCCCUCGUCAGCACGCAGUUCGUGGAGGGAGCACCCUUUAGCAAUGCAAGCGCAUUCAAUGCAGCCGGACUGAGUCGCUUAGAACUCCUAGAACUUCAGCGGGAAUCGAUGGCUAAUAAACUGAUUCACCUCGCUCCAAGCACGUGUAUCAAGGACUUUUCCGGACCCUUUACAACGAGUUACUCGACCGUUCUUUUUGUUACUUUUUCUGAGCCCAUGCCUCCCGUUUUAAAUCAGACAACGAGAGGAGUCAACUUCACCUCGAUCAAUGACUUUAUCCCACCCGAGCUAUCGCUUCUGUUUUGUCUUGUCAAACCCGCCUCGGACUUGACUUCGACAUGCGAGAUCAACAUCAACCCUCACCUCCUAGCGGUGGUCGCCCUUCUCAAGGCGAUCGCUUUUGUCGCCAUCACAUCCAUGAUCUUCGUGUAUUCGUUCCGUCCGCUUGCAACUCUUGGGGACACCAUCGCUUCGUUUCUCCAAGAUCCUGAUCCGACUACCCAGGGGACCUGUCUCCUUUCAAAAGCUGACGUUUGUAGUGGCGGCUGGCCGCUUAUUGCUCUACAGGCCAGGUACUGGGUUCCCCACACCCAUUUCUGGCUGCGCAGCGUCUCCCUACCUCGUUGGCUCGCCUCUAUCGCAAUCUGGAUCCCAUGCGUCGGUCUCGCGGCAGUGGGCUUGAUCAUCACCUUGACAAGCAAUCCUGGCUCCCGCUUAAGUGAUACUUUUUCCGGUGCAGCAACCUCUUCGCCAUACAAUUUAGUCUUGGGCUUGAGCAGUGUCAUUCCAGUCGCAGCAGCAGCUUUCCUCGUCAGCCUGCCACAUCUCCUGCUCGGGAUGCUCUACCUUGCUACGAACGCACUUCUGACAACCUUCUAUUUCUCUCAUGAGUCGUCUCUUUUCGCAACAACUCCUCCACGCCCGCUUCGCGUCUCAGCCGCUGUCCCUGAGGGCGCGCAGACGCCCUCCGGACUUCUGCGGCUUACCCUACCACGAAGGGUAUCAAGUGUGCUGAUGGUAGUUUUCAUGGUCAUGGGGUUCCUGCUCAGCAGAGGCUUCUGGGCCAUCGGCGUGCGAUUUGUCGACCCCAACAUCAUGGACAACUCAAAUUCUGUGACAACUCGUUCCGCAAUAGGCCUCUCUCCUGCCCCGCUACUCACCCUUCUCACGUUUUUGCUUAUCCUUGCGUUUACGAUCCUUGGUUUCGGUCUGCGCCGCGCCCCCUCUGUGGGAGCCGGCGGCAACCCUAUGGCCCUUGCCGGAGGAUCGUGCAGCGCGGUGAUCAGUGCGCGAUGCCAUCCGCUUGCCAGGGAGCGGGACGGGCUGUGGUUGAAACCGGUUAUGUGGGGAGUUGUUAGGGAGGGGAAUCUGCCCUCUUCGGGGACCGCGACGAGGAACACGAGUGGAAGUUGGGGAUGGGGUGGGGUGGCCGUCAGCCAUUGUGGGUUUACGGCUGGGAGGGCUGGGGUGGUGGAGCCUGGGAGGGAGUAUGCUUAA